AUGUCAAUCUGGGAUUACUAUAUACCACCCACUCCAACUCCAACUCCGGCUACCACACCAACUACGACUAAAACAACCACUACAACUACCAGUCCAACUCCUACUCCUGAUUCAGGAGAAAUAGUAAUCGAUAGCAUCGAAGACAUUGAGAAAAAUGUGAUCCAAUUGACGAAUAAAACCAAUAGUUUUAAUGAAUUGCAAACCACUGAAGACUUGAUAGAUGUGAUCGAAAUGAUUGAUAAAAUGAGUGAAUAUUUGCAAACAAAUGGCUCAACACUUAACGAAACAAUGGCCAUGAACAUAUCACAACAUUUUAUUACCCUUAUCAGUCAAACAAUUGAACAAAACGUAUGGAUGAAAGUGAAUAUUAGUGAGCAAAUAGAGUUGGCGUCAAAACUUCAUCAUUACGAAGGAAAUGGUGGUGAUAUGUAUUCGUGUGUAAGUUUAAAACACAAGAAUCGGUUGGUUUUAGGCGAUAGGGUUUUGUGUGUUUUCUGGGACUUUGAUCGCAAGAAGUGGUCAUCAGAUGGAUGUCGUCUAAUAGAGAGUGAAUCCAAUCGCGAGACAACUAAGGAAAGGAAACGGGAGCGGGGGAGUAUUUAUAGUAAUAUAUCAGUUGAAGACACGCGUGGAGUGGAUCGAUAG